AUGGUACCGACAGGUCACGGGGGCAUGGACACGGACAGAGACAUGCUCGGGCGACUCUCAGAGGACUCCUUUCAUGCCUCCCCACUGGCUUCCCGGACCAGAGAGGCUGUGGAUUCAGGGGGUCAGUAUAGGCCCGGGGGAUGCGUGCCGAGGGAGAAAGUCGCAGUUAUUAUACCGUACCGAGACAGGGAGCAAAAUCUUAAGGUACAGCUUCAUCAUCUUCACUCGGUUCUUCAGCGUCAGAAUCUCCAGUACGGGAUAUACGUCGUGGAAAUGGCGUAUCCUACGCCUUUUAACAGAGGCCUUCUUGCUAACGUGGGAUUCUUGGUAGCGUCUGACGUCAUACCGUACACGUGCUACGUCAUACAUGACGUAGAUCUUCUUGUUAUGGAUGACCGGAACUUGUAUCGUUGUGGCCGCGUUCCCAGGCACUUGUUAGCUCACAGCACAAAAUACGGCAAACUACCGUACGUGGCGUACUUCGGCGGCGUCGUGGCGCUGAAAGAGCGGCAUCUCCGGGCCGUCAACGGGUUCUCCAACCUGUACUUUGGCUGGGGAGGCGAGGACGAUGACCUUCUCACAAGGAUUUUUCAGGUAAAUCUGCAUAUUUCCCGUCCUAAGCCCCUGAUUGGUGGAUUUUACGCCCUUCAGCACCAAAAGGAUUCAGGGAACCCGGUUAAUCAAAAGCGAGAUAUUCUUUUGAAAUCUGCAAAGGAGCGUAUGUUUAAAGAUGGUAUCAGUUCGGUGCAGUAUACACUUCUUGCUCUUGAGAAAAGGCCGCUUUUCACGUGGGUCUACAUCGCUGUCAAUGAGACUGACAUCCCUAAGAAGUUCCAAGAGUAUUUUCAACGCUGA